AUGACCGCGCGCAUGGAACCAGACCAGUACUUGACGUUUCAACGUCCUUUGACACAACUCGUCACUGAAAAGCUGCUCAUUCACAAUGACAAUGAUGUCCCUUUGGCUUUCAAGGUCAAGACCACAGCCCCUCGCCAAUACUGUGUCAGACCUAACGCCGGUUUGAUAGAAGCCCGUUCACACCAAGAAGUCAAGAUCAUGUUGCAACCUUUCCGUGUAGAGCCAGAGCCUGAUUACAACUGCAAAGACAAAUUCCUUGUUCAAACGAUUCUUGUCUCGGAUCCUAGUGUUCAAGAGAAACCCAUUAACGACUUGUGGGCACACAUGGAAACGGUUGCCAAGGAUCAAAUCCAACAACACAAGCUGCGAUGUGCUUACGUACCUGAGAAUGAAAAAGAAGCUCCUGCUCCUGCAGAAGAAAAGGCACCUGAACCACAAACGGCUAAGGAAGAAAUGGAACGUGCCAGCGAUGAAUUACAAGCCAUGCAAAAGAAGAUUCAGGCAUAUGAACAAGAAUUGGCAUCGAUGAAGAAGAACGUGGUACACCAAGAACCAUCCAAAGGCAUCCAGGUUCCCUUACAUGUGCUCCUUAUGGUCGCCGUCGCUGUUUUUGCCGUCACCUAUGCCUUGCUUUCAUCCACUAAGCAGUAA